AUGACUGAGGACGACGAUAAUUACAAGGCGGGUCAAGGGUCGACAUCUGUUGUAACACUCGACUCAAGCGUCAGUGUCACCCAAGUCGACCUGCAAGAUUCAGAGACGGAACAACCUGAAGAGUCAGAGAAGACGGGUAAAAAGCGAAAGAGGAAGAAACGUCCAGGUCAUCGUGGUAAGAAGCAGAAACCAUUUGACGGACAACGUUUCAAAUUAAACCAUCCUGUUUUCACAUACACGUUAAAAUAUCCCACGAUGAUGAUUAUCAACGUCCCUCCCGUCAUCCCCCACGUAAAUCAAAACCAACCCAAUACUUAUUUUCACGUCCUUGAGGAUAUCUUGAAAAUGGAAAAAGGACUCACCGAUCGAGAGAGAGGUCUCGAUAUGCCCGAGGGACAUAAGCUGGGUCAAUACGAUUUCUGCAUACCACAUCCAUGUCCUAAAGCAGAUGAUCCCAGAUCUCUGUUCACGUAUUUCAAACAAUUUUUUCCUCCUGAGAGUCGACAUUUUGAAAGUAUACAAAAAUCUCAUCAAGAUUUUUCAAAGAUGGAAUCUCAACGUUCAAUUCAAAAGAUGAAGAACGGAAAGAAAGUUGGUGAACCGGAGUAUCAUUUAGGUAUAUCGGCUAGAUAUUUGGAUUGGAAUACUAUGUCUGAUCUUUCCACCAGACAAUCAUACCUUGAGGGAUCAAUGAGGAAGAAUAGGGAAAAGGUAUUACCUCUUUCGAGAGAGACGAUAAAAAGUCUUCUUUUUGCUUUGCGUCAAGCUACAGGAGGGACUUUAUACCAUAAAUUAGGUAGUGUGGAUUCUCCAACAUCUUCGAAAAUGCGUAUAGCACCUACAAAACUUUUAAAAGUCCAAGACGAGGUGAAUCCCGCUAAAACACAAGUUCCAAAUUUCAAAAUCGAUAACGAAUGUUUUUUCGGACUCAAUUCCAUGGUGACUAUUUCCCAAGGAAAAUCAAUCAAUUGGCAUUAUGAUAGUCCCGAUUCUGAAGAAACGUACACGGUUAUCAUCGUCGGGGGAAAAGGAAACUGUCAAAUACAUAUCGCUCAAUUGGGUAUUUGGAAUUUAACAUUAUGUCCUGGAGAUGUGGUUUGUUAUAAAGCUUCAAAGUUGCUUCAUUCCAUCAUGGUCUCCGAUCCUUGCGUUCUUUAUACUUUUCAUCUUUCUUCAAAAUCUGUAGCUGCUAUGGGAGGGUUUCAAUGGGAAGAUUCAAAAGACGAAUGA